CAGACAGUACAUAUGAAAUGGAGGACAAUACCGUACUUCAUUAAAGACUUAAUUAAUGGAUGAGAGAUACUAGAUGCGGAUCGGCUCACCAACAGUGGUCAUUCCGCUAAUCCACCGAGACGCCACAGUUGAUUGGCGGGGCGUAGUCAUGACUCGUUCCCCAGGGCCUCUCUCCGGUUCUCGCGUUGUUGUUGAUGUUGACGGCAUUCACCAUCUCCAUCACCAUCGCCAUCAUCCCACCAUCCCCCAGUCUUCCCCAUCCACCUCGUAUCCUGAUAUCGACAUCGCAAAGGCAAAUCGGCCCUCCAAUCGACCCUCCCGACUCCCGAUAUGGCGGACAUCUCGUCGUUCACUUUCCGGACCACCUAACAUCUCCACCAUGCCCCCUUCCGAGCGGUCCAACCAUGCGAAUCCUCCGCGCCCAUUGAUGCCGACCUUGGCCUCGAACCGCACCGCGAAAACACCCAUCACUCCUCGAUUAGCUGCAAGUAAAUCGCCAAUUGUUUCGUCCGCCGGUUCAACCUUCCCUCGUCCUACCGUGCGCGGCGAUUCGGCGGCGUCAUCGCCGAGGUCCCCGAUAAAAGAUGAGAUAUCCACCCCGGUCAAAUCAUUCUUGAAUAGCAAUGUCACCCCGAGAUCGUCUGCGCGCAAGUCAAGAGUUGACAGUGCGAGCUCCACGCCUUCUGGGACGCCGGUUUCUGGAACUCCAAAUACCGUCAAGUCCGCGUCAACGGCAGACAUGUCCAGGGUUCUCAGCCCUGGUUCAGCUUCCAGCGCCGAUCGCAGCACACCAGGCCGGUUCGCCAAUGGCUCCCGAAGACCAUUGAGUAUGGUUGGGACUGCAAGCUCUACUCAUAAUGCGCCAUCGGUCGCUUCACCCUCCAUAACUUCGCCAACGGGCAGCUUAAACGGCAGAUUGGGGGUGGACAACAGACUACGCGCAGGAUCUCCCCUGUUCUUCCACGCAAACGAUCCGAAAGUACAAGAACCCGCCCCUCCGCGGCCAGCGAAGAAGCCUGCCGCGUUUUUCUACGCAAAUGGUAUCCAAGAGGAAGGAGGGCCGAAACAACCAGAUGUACCCUCACCACCGUUGUCCUCGGUCAGCACGCGAUCGCAGGCCAAGUUCUUCCAUGCGGACGGAAGGGAGGAAGGACAACGUCAUGCAGCACCGACUCCACCUCCGAUGGUCGUAUCCCCCGAACCGAUUCUCCGCGACAUGAUGAACCCUCUAAUGCGGCGCUCACCUUCGCCGACCAAGGAUAGCAUCCAUCUCUCGUAUAGAAAGGGCGCCUCCCAAAUCAUGAGGCCUACAAACCAUCCAAGAUCGGUAGUGAGUCCGGUCUUGCAGGCGGUAUCCGAACAAGAUAAUACACGACGACGAUCGAGCAGCGGUUCUGCAACGCCUGGGCACGGAAAGUCAUCGAGCAUAUCGUCCAUCGACUCUAACCCUUCCCGGCGGCCGCGCUCUAUCUCCAAGGCUGCAGCAACCAUCCCUGAGCCCCGAUCCACCCCCACUCCUAUAUCCGCCCCCUCAACUCGGACGCAAACGAGCGCCGCAUUACCAUUACGCCGAUCAGAUACCAGUCAAAAUAGCCUGAGCCCGACCUCCCUCUCCAGUGGACCAGCAAAUACAGCGCCACCUCUCCCCUCCCCUACCUCCACAUCCCGUCCCCAAAGUCCCACCAAACCAACCCCACCCCCCACAAAUUUCGACGAAAUGGCCGCCAACGCCCGCCGCGAGCGCAAGGUCCUCGACCUUGAAAUCAGCAACUCCUCCCUCCUCGCCAUCAACCGCCAGCUCGAGCGCGAAGUGCGCAAGCAAAAAGGCGAACUCCGCCGCUUCCGCCGCCUCACCCGCGCCGGCCGCCUCUCCGAAUUCUCCGCCGCUACCGCCCGCUCGUCACUCGCGGUGGGGGAGGCGCCUGACAGCGGCACCGACUCCAACUUCGGCCUCUCCGACCUCUCCGAAUCCGAGGACGAGGACGACUCCACCGAUGAGUCGUCGCUCUCGGCGGCCGCGAACGACGCGCGGUUGAUGAAGGACGAGAAGCGCCUCCGACUGGAUCUGGAAAAGCAUCGGGAGUUGUUAGUGGAUUCGCAGCGGAUGAACCAGUCGUUGCGGCGAUGUCUGGGCUGGACGGAGGAACUGAUCGUUUCGGGCAAAAAAGCGCUGGAGUAUCGGGUCCGUGUCAGCGACGUUAAGCUGGGGGGUCGGGUACUCCAUCAUGCGGAUGAAGAGGAUGCGAUCGGGGCCGCAGUGGAGUCGGAUGGGGAGAUGGACGAGAGUCGAGACUUGAUGGAGGAGAUUGGGGCGUUUAGUGCGUGGAUGGGGAAGAAGCCGGGGGAGGCGUUGGUUGCGAUCAGGCCUCUUCCGGGGGAGACGGAGUUAGCGGGUGAAAAACCUGCCUCAGCUGGCCAUGUCCAGUUGGAUACGGAUUCGGAUGCGCUCUAACUGGCUUACGGCGUAUUCCACGUUCUUUUCCUUUGUUAACACGUUCAAGGCCGAACCAUGCAUUGGGUGGGAUCCGGCGUUCGAUGACACUCUACACCAGAGUCUGACCACUGGGUUUGUGAAAUUUGGGAAAGGGAACAUUGGGCGGACGGAUUUGAUACCCGGCGAUAAUAUGGUUCGAGGGGCAUUUGUUUUGUCAGAACGAGACUGAUCUGGCCCGACGCCACCUUUCUUUCAUUUUGCGGUUUCCCGUCGGCGUUUUGCUGGCACAUGUACAAUAAGUGCUGCUGUACAAAGAUACCCCUCAGUCACUGAAUUUUUCGAAUGGAUUAGAAGGCAUCUACGGAUGUUAGAAUGGAGCAGAUGAGCUGUUUCUCACGAUCAACUGAGUGAGGUGCCUACGAUGGGAUCGCUUGGAAGCUUUCGCAUUGAACUUCUUUCGUUCGAAUUGGUGUAAUAGUGACAUUAAUACGAAAACUUCAUUGAGG